GGUGAGGCAGUGGGGCCGUGUGUGGAUGCAGCCACAGAGCCUGCGAUGUGUGCGGAGCCGCCCACCAGCCCUGAGGGACUGCAGCACGUGGCCAUCCAGGUGAUGGCGUAACCCCGGGGUAACAGCACAGGUGGUGCAGUCUGACUGUGUUCUGUGCCAGCACCGUCGCUCUGCUGUCCGCUUUUCUCCUUCUGUGGCUUCAGGAAACCCACGGGUUUUGUUUCACCAGAUUCUUAAGUUCUCAUCUUCAUCAGAUGUGUGAUGCUUGCUGCCUGCUCUCCCAGAGUGCCCCCACCGUCCUGCCACCAGCCCUCCUUCACAUGUUUGUUUGUCUGUUUGUUUGUUCUUCUCCAUGUUAGGAUCCUCUAAAUAUUAUUGGAAUGUGGCUGCAGUGCAAAAUGGGCUUUUCCAACAACUUGGUUGUGGAGAUCUAAUCAGACUGUUUCCUGGAAAGUCUUCACCAUGGCUGUAUCUGAGAAUGAGACAGAGAGAUGGCCUUGCAGGCACGGCGGCAGAAUAGGAGCACUGGUGGAGCCCACGGCUCCUUCUGACAGCAGCCAUCUGUCCCCAUUGCCACCCCUUGGCAGCACAGAGCACAUCCUGCACCUCCCUGGGCGAGCAGACUCUGCGUACAGCUCUUUCUCAGGGGGUUCAAAUGUUCCAGAGCAUCAGCCCCCAUCACUUUAUGAAGCAGACUGCUGUUCAGCUGCAGAGCAGGUACCGUACAUGGACUCGGAAUAUGUAAGGGGUAUUUAUAACCUCAGUGCAGCAAGCUCUGCACUCAGAUGCCUGCAGCCAUACCAGGCACCAUCCCAGAGCAUCCCUGGUGUCUCUCACAGCCCUGCUCUUGCUGAGUGCAGCAGUGGCACUCCUUCCCAUGGGACACUGGAGCAGGGACUGCCACCUCCAGCUGCACCUCCACCCUCUCCUCCCAUGCGACUCGACAGCUACAGAGUCACCAGACACCUGGAGAGUACAAAGGGGAGAGGGAGGCAGAACUCCGGAGGUCUCAGUGAGUGCAAUGCACAGUCAGCUCCUUGCAUGGACAGCCGGCCUGUGGGUGUAUCGCAUGGCCAGAUGGGGCCUGGAAGCAGCGAGCCAGCUAUGGCUGCAGCUAGGAGAAGGACAGAAGAAAAUGGAGAAUGGAACCCGUCCCAAAAGCCUGUGAGGAGAAGCAAUCCCCACGUUUACAGCAGGCCGUCUUCCUUCAUUUUUCAAGAAUAUUUGAAGACCGACUCCAUGGCUAAUGUCCCUAAAAUUCUGUCCACUUAUGGUUCAGCUCACGUGCACAACGUUUCUGAAGAGGUGAAGCCCAGGCCCUACACAUCUGCACACAGCAGCCCUGGUGCUGCUGGUGAUGCACGAGGGGAUGUGGAGCUGCAAAGCGCGGUGCUGGAGCACAGCCGAUGGAAGGGAUCCCCACUGUGUGCUCAGUGCCCGCUCCGUGCUGAGCUGCCUCCAGACAUGGGGCAGGAGGUGUCUGAGGACAUUUGUGACUUGAAAUGUAUGGAGAAUGCUCUCCUUAUAAAAAAUGCAUCCAGGAAGUCCAGCAUCUGUACAGAUAAAAAUGGGUGCUAUGACUCCAAAGGAGAAAUUGGGAGUAUUGUUAGGGAACUGCUUCUGAAUCCACAAGGUAAAAUACAGAAAUCACUGCUGUCCAGCAGCUGUGAUGCCGUAGAAUUGGAGCAGCCUCCCUCUGGGAAGUUGGAUCAUGGCAAUAAGCAAUGCUGUGAUAAUACUGAGCAAAUGGCUUUUCUUAGACCAAAGGAAGAUUCCUCAUCACAACCUUUAAAUGAAGGUUGUGCCAAUAGCAGCAGUCCUGGCCUUAACGGGCAGCUAGAGCAAGAGCAACCUCCUGCUCCUUAUCAGAAAUGUCAGCCUGAACUUCAGCAAGAGCUCUUAAGACAGGCACUGGAUGAUCCUGCCGGUGAACAAAUAACCAGACAGGUGACUCCGAUGCUUUACUACCUGUCUGGGGGAAGGGCUGCCAACACCACACACCACAGCAGGCUCACCCAAUGUCCGGAGGGUGUGAGGAGCUCACCAAAGGGAUUUGCAACAAGCAGUCACACUGCCUCAGCAUGGAGCAAAGAGAUGCAGAGGGAAAGCAGUCAGUCCCGAAAGGUCGAGCAUCGCCAGUGCUGUGCCAAUGGGGACCCCCUGAAUGAGGCUGAAGAUGUUGCUCUCGGGGGUCCUGCUUCAUCCACAGAGGAGAGUUCUAAGAAUGACUACAGAGAGAAACUUAAAGUGGCUCAGAAAAAGGUUCUGAGAGAAACUUCCUUUAAAAGAAAAGACUUGCAGAUGAGUUUGCCUGUUAGACUGAGACAAAAGCCCUCCAAAAGGCCUUCAAUUGAGCACCUUAGAUCUUUCUCUUUAUCCAGUGCACACGAGGAUUCCAAAUCCGCUCCUUGUUCUGCUUCUUGCCUAGAAUCCUUGGAAGGUUUCAAUACGGAUGCAGAAAUUAAGAGGCCACAAGCAGGUCGGAUAGGGGGAAGGAAAAGGGCGACAAAAGAGGAAAAGAAGCUGUGUUACUCUGAACCUGAGAAACUCAAUCAGUUGGCAGACAAGGAAGCCCAGGGGAGCACCGAGCAGGAUAUGGCCAGGAGAAGGACUUCAGAGAGCAGAGGGAGGGCGCUUUCCAGUUCGAGCAUCUCCAGGACGGAGCUGAAGCAAAUCCAGCACACUGCCCUGAUGGAGUACAUGGAACGGAAGAUCAGUCAGAGGCCAGGCAGCACACAGCACGCCCCGCCGCAUAAACCAGCCCUGCAGAUGGGGCCUUUGCAUCCUAAAUGGCCUCCUGGCAGGAGCUCCAACCCCGGUGAGAGCAGAAAGACACCAAGCAAUGGGGCUUCCUGCCAGGUGUUCUCUGAAGAAGCAGCACCAGAUGUUUUCCCUCCUUCUUCACCUGUCCCCCCACCAAACACAGGCGGUGGAUGUGGGGUGGUGCCAGCAAAGCCCAGCCUGCAUCCUGCUGCACCGGAUCGCAGCUGCAGCCCCGAGUGUGUGUCUGCGCAGAGUGUCCCUCUGUCGGGUGCUGCUGCCCAGGGGCAGGAAGUGGAGCAUCCUUCCAUGCAGGCUGCAGACAGCCGUGCGGUGCCACCAGCCCGGCCUUGUGGAAACCACAUCAGCACCCCCAGCUCCCAUGAUCCCAGGGAAGACGGAUGCCAGAACCACGAACAUCGAGACAGUGUUGUAGGAAGCUCUGUGUGUCAGCACAGCGAGGAGCUAGCUGCCAGCACCUCCAUCCCCAGCCCAAGGAAAGGAAGCAGGGACAAUGCUCAAGUGGAAAAGAAAAGCAGAAGUGGAUCUCAGACUGGCAAUGCUUUAACGACGUGCCCGGAGCUGCAGCCAAAGACGAGCAGUGCUGCAGCUGUUCAGGGGAAUGCAGCCAUCCUUGUGCUGCCAGCUCAGCCUCAGCAAGGAGAUGGAGGUAAAGCCUCGGCUUGGGGUGUAAAGAAAGCAGCUGCACACAAUGGCCGAGAUGGUGUUCUGCAGGAGGGAGAGACAGAGCUGCCCCAAAGGAGGCUGUGGUCUCCUGAGGACCGGUGUUAUGAAGAGCUCACAAUGGAUCUCAUUGCCAAAGACAGCUCUCUGGUUGAUGUCCUCAUGCCUUAUCCUGAUAGAAAAACUGCUCUGGACUUGAUGGAGGGUCUUUUCCCUGUUAACAUUUCCGUGUUGGAAAUGCACAGAAGGAAGGCAGAUGUGCGACGUGCACGGGAGAAUGACAGGAAAAGCAGUGGAGAUGUGACAGAAGAAUGUCCUGAAUCUGAGCUCACUGCCAAGCAAAGGAGUGAAGAUCCCACUGGGAAGGGAAACCGUGCACUGAGUGGGAGUGGAGAUGACACAAAGGACCUGGAUGACAUCACGUGUAAGAAGCUGGAGCUCAUCUCCAGCCUUAGGGCCAAGGUGCGGGCGCUGGAGGAGGACAGGGAGCUCGUCCUCACUGAGGCCAAGCAGUGUGCAGAGCGCGGUGAGGAGCUGGAGGCUGCCGUGCGUGCUGCCUGCAAGCCCAACGAGUUGGAGCGCUACGUGAUGUUCAUUGGCGACCUGGAGAAGGUGGUGAGCCUACUGCUCUGCUUGUCCAGCCGCCUCGCCCGCGUCCAGAACGCCAUGAGGAAGAUCGAUGGCAACACAGAUGCUGAGGAGAAGCAAUCGCUGAAUGAACGGCACAAGCUCUUGUCUAGACAACGGGAGGAUGCAAAGGACCUGAAAGAAAACCUGGACCGUAGGGAGCGGGUGGUGGCUGGGAUCCUUGCCAAAUACCUGACCGACCAGCAGCUCCAGGCAUACCGGCACUUUGUGCAGCUGAAGACCUCUCUGUUGAUUGAACAGAAGGACCUGGAAGAACAGAUCAAAUUUUUCAAGGAACAAUUAGAAAAUCUUGAGAAAAGCAUCCCUUUCUGAUAGCAAUGGGCUGCCCAUUUUUAUGUGUGAUCAUUUGUGAUGUUUUCCUGGGAAUCCAUAGGCGCUCACUGCACUGAGUUUGAACUCUUGUAAUCCUGUUAGUGCCGCAGUACUGACGGGUGCUUAGAUGCUCUAGGCACAACUGGGUGUGCUUUCCCCUUGGAUAAGCCAGGUGACAAAAGCCUGCGGUGUAGCAGACUGCACUUUGGGAAUGGCUGCUGGGAAGUCUUGCUCCCAUUAAUCUGGUGUGCAUUUCCCCUUCUUGUUGUCUGUCCAUCUGUUUCCAGACUGACAUAACCUCAAUAAAAGAACGGCCUACAUUUC